AUGAGGGACGAAGAACACUUCCUGCUGAAGCCAUGCCAAGGGUAUAACUGGAGAAGAAUCACCCCGGGGGAGGAGUUGGGGAAAGGAGAGGAAUCUCUGUUGGUGCUGCUGACUAUGAUGAGGACAACAGUUGUGCAGAACUGGCUGACAGGGAUAUGGAAAUGUUGUUCAGUUGUUCUGCCGGGAAAGGAUGUCUGUGGUUUCCAUCCUGGGCAACUAGGACGGGUCCACAAGGCACACACAUCUGGAAGAGCUCAGGGUAACUUUGUACCUUUCAGUAAACUGCAACUGGCUCUAGUGAACCAUGAAGCUGAAACUCUAUUCCAACCUGAUGACAAUUCAGCUCUCUGGAAGUACAUGCAUUUUCAAAAAAUAAUGAAAAAGACCAACAACAACUGGUACAACCAAACUUUAUACAAAGUAGUAUUUGACUUGCCGUACUAUCUCAACACAAGUAACCUGUGCUGGUUUUUCUGUUGAGAGGGUCAUAGGAGACAAACUAGGCAGGUUCGCUCUGCUGUAAAACUACCUAGUUGUAACCUGCACAGAGGAAAAAGUAAAGUCAUCUCCCUCUUUCAAAAAAAAAAAAAAGCUGCCACCUGUUCCCCCAAAGUCACAUCCUUUCUCUGCUACCAACACUCAGGUAUCCCAGUUCCAUCUGUAAUAAGCAGAAAGCAAGCAAUGCAAGAGAACAAGGCAAAUCAUUUGUACUUGUUCAGACUUAUCUAAAAAUAGUUAUUCAAACACACUGUAGAAACCGCCAGUGGUGUGUAUCAAAAGAGCUAAAGAGACACACACAAAUUGAUUCAUCACUGAAAAAAACUAUCAUAGUGUUGUAUGAACACAUUGCUUUGAUACACUUGAUUUAAUAGCUCUAAAAUGGCAAUAGAGAACAUCGGGAACUAACUCAACAUUAUUUGUUUAAAGUUGUAUGGAAGAUAUUUGAAUGUGCAUCUAUGGCAAAGUAUUUUAAAGAUGACACGGCAAGUGAAUUGUAACACUCAGACCAACAACAAACAAUGUAAAAUUUUAAGUCACUGCAAAUAACGCAUCACCUGUGUGUAGGAACGCAUGCACAGCAGCCAUUCUUAACUAGCUAAAGCCAUCACGCACUAAAAGAAGUGUGCUUGAUUACUAUAGCACUAGGUUCAUUAAGUUUCACUGCUUCAGAGACUAGGAACAGUAUGGGUGGGAGAAAACUCACCGGAUUGAGUUGUCCCUUAUCUUCAUUCCCAGCUUUUACUUUUUCUCAAGCAGCCAAACCUUUGAUGAUGUUUCAUUAAGGGAGCUGGCUGUGAGAGCAAAAGGGAGCUAUAAUCUUCUAUUAGAAAGUAGAUUUCCAGGAUGAUGAUAGAUGAAAGCAUUACAUCAACAUUCUCUGUCCGUCACUUUAUUUAAAAGUUUCAUCUAUCAGCUAUCUGCCAAAACCCAAUUACAUGUGGAAUACAAAUGGAAAGGCUAAGCAGCAGAACUAUCCCUCCCUUCCCUUCUUAUUAGUUAGUAAAGGAGACUCACUAAGCUGUAGGGACAGAAAGGCAAUUACAUGUUACAGCAGAGCACAAGCCUAGGAGAAUCAACAUCGUAAAUAUUUCAGUGGCAGCAAGAAUGGCAUGAGAUCAAAAUACCUUGUCUGUCAUCAGCCUUGUUAGGCCUAACAGGUAUCCAUGCCUCCUGAAAACAUCCAUUAGCUGGAGAGGACACUUGGAAGAGAAUCAAUUUCAACUACUAUCCUAUACUACCAUCCUCCCUCCUUAUGUGCUAGCAACAGAAGAGGCUUCACAGAGGAAGGGCCUGAGAAAUACAUGCUUGUCACUGAAGUACAAAGGUUUUUCCUUUCACCACAGCUUACUACUGACCUGUGAUGGACAGCCAAAAGCUUUCUGCCAAUGAGUGUAGCAAUUCCUUUGAGGCCAAAGGGCUCUUGAGUAAUGAAGGGGGGCGAAAAGCAGAAUACUGAAUUUUGGCAACAGAAAAACCUACAAGUGUCUUCAAAGACACGUAACUUGGCUCCUGCUAAACACAUUGGUGGUGGUAGAGUAUCAUGUUGCUCUUUUCUUCCUCCUUGGUUCCAUAGUUAAACACAGCAUGGCCUCAAGAGAACCACACAGUGCUUGAAACGUUCUCCAUAAUGUUCUAAGAUUUGUUUCUCUAACAUUCAGGUUGGUGAUCCCAGCCUACUUCCCCACAUGCACAUGAAAUAAGGGGUAGAAAACUGAGGGAAGGGAAUAUUUGGUAGAAUAUAACCAUUCUUUGACACCAGUCAGAAUUCAGUCUAGCAAAGCUUAUGUGAAACUGGCAUUCAGGGACAACAUAAUAAGCACCAAGUUUAACGAGCUGAAAUUUAAAGAGAAAAUUUCUUUGUUCCAGAUCAUGACAGUAAAUAUAAACCAAUAGAUCCUGGACCAAACAUUACAUGGACAAGUACUGGUCGGAGAAUUUUUUCAACUUUCUAGGCCUGCAUCUGAGUGGAAGAAUCAAAGAAAAAUCUCAGCCUAACUUAAAAAAAACCAAAAGAACAUCAAUCACUCUUGCAUCCAAAACAAUUCUGUUUUGUUUCUUAAACUGCACAAAUAUUUUGCACCAUUUUAGAAUACAGCUACAUUGCUUGGAAAUCUUGCUGCAUCUGUGAAUAUCAGUUCCUCAACAUAACAACAAGGAUAGUUUCUACAGUGGAGUUACAACAGUGGGUGAAGUGAAACAGGCUUUGAAUUUGAAGGUCUCCACCCUGCAGAAGUGAAACAACUACUUAGUAAGCCCUCAUUUAUUUACUCGCAGUAGAAAGCGUGCCUUCAUUUAUUUCUUUACUUACUCCUUGAACCAGCCAGGCCCCUGGAUCCUUGGCUGUAGUUUCAUUGACAGCACAAAUCCCCUUGGUGCCUCCUACAGCUAUAGGAAAACAAGAGUACUUAGUAAUGAUUACCUGUUGUUCACACGGCAAGGUCAAUUCUCCACAUCACCUAGAAAAUGGGCAUGUUGGUUUUUUCUCACUAAAUGAACAGUGAAAUUUAUAUUUCCCACAGUUGUAUCCCUCCUCCUCUUCAUUGGGAAUUAGGAAGAUAUUUUUAAUUCAAGAUGUCCCUUAGCUAGGGAAGGAUGGUACAGUUCUCUUCCUGGACUGCAAGGCUGACAGCAAAACUAGACUCUUGUCUCCUCCAGAAAAAAAUUGAGUAUGAAGUUGUCUGGUUUUUACUGCUGAGAACAAUCUUCAUAUGCAAUUCUGAUACACAAGGUCUCUCAAUGUAUUUUCCAUCAUUCUGUGGUAUCCUUCUCUUUCCAUAUAUUACACAAGUAAAAUACACACCCUACUAACUGCACUGUCACACAAACAGUUCAAUAGAAAAUGCUCUUUAAAUAUCACUAGCUUUAUCUUUCAACCUUCCUGUUCCUCCCCUUACAGUAAGCAAUUUUACGUCAUUUGGGAACAUAAAACAUUGUGCUGAACACCUCAACAGCAUCAUCACUCCAACAAAGCUAUUCCAUUUCAGGCAACAUAUUGUUAACUAAGACAUAAUCUCAAAGGCCUCGUAUCUUUUAUUUUGCAUUCAAAGUUUCUUAUAUCCACCUGUGUAGCUGAAAUCUGCUAAACUAAAUCUAAAACUAUUGCCCACCCUGAUACAAACUUAUCUUUAGGAAACAAAGUAAGUUUUAUUUGAAGUGAUAAGAAGCACAUGUAUAUCAUAGUAUAGUGUGUAAAAACAAAGCCAUUCUCAAAAACUCUGCAAAAGAAAUAUGCAAUUAUUGGAUUUUUGUCAAAAGAAAUCAGAUUUUUUGAAUAUAUAAUAAUAGCUAUAAAUUCUAGAACAUUUCUCAACACUAAUAAGCCAAAAUAUGUCAGAUGUCAUGAGGUGAAUACUUGUUAUUCUCCCCACAUCUAAAGCAAAUACAUUGAAUACUUCAAGUGUUACUUUUAAAGCAUCUUCAAUUUACAAUUAAAAAAGCGUCUGUGCUUUGCCAGUUCAGAAAGAUCUUCUAUUGGCUACACAGAAAGGAAUUUAAAAGGGCAUAAAAAUGUUAGACUUCUCACCAAAUAUAAAUAUAACCUCAUUUAAAUAGGGAAACAGUUUGAGAUAUGCGCCUUGGAAGCAGAGAAGUGCAGCAUUUUUAAAUAUCAGGGAAAAAAAGAAGAGUAACAUUAUAAAACAUUUAACUCAAAAUCAGAACAGUUCUUUAAUAAUUGCAAAUGAACUUUUUACAUUAUCAGUUUUCUAACUUUCUG